CGUUGUAGAUAAAAUACUUUUGAUAUGAAGUUGAAUAUUUUAAUUUGUGUAACUGUCAAUGUAAUGCUUUCAGUUUUAUUUACAUCGUAUUUUCGGAAAUAAAUAUAUGUUAGAAAAUGGUUAACGAAAUCAAACGUUUGCAAAAGGAAAAACAGAAAGCUAUUUCCGAAGGAAAAUGGAAAGAAGCUGCUGCAGCAUGUAACUACUUGGGUUCCGAACUAUUUAAAGCCUGCCAAUAUAAACAGGCUUUAGAAUGCCAUCUAGAAGAAUUAAAUUUUUGCGAAAUGACUGGUGAUCGCUUAGGAAUGGCUGUUGCCAACCGUAAAAUCGGCGAAUGUUAUGCCGAACUCCAUCGUUUUGUGAAAGCACUUUCUCAUAUCAAGACAUUUCUAGAACUUGCAAUUAGUGUAAACUCUCUUGUUGAAGAACAAAGAGCGUGGGCUACUUUUGGAAGAACUUACUAUAUGAAAUAUCUCUUUGAAACUGAAGGAGAUUGUCCAAAGGAUAAUAGUAACAAAACGUUAGAUCAAGCUGAGAAAGCUUAUGUACAAGCAUUAGAACUGUCUGAAGGUCUUAAUUCUACUCUAAGUGAAAGGGAGUAUGCGGAAAUGCGGGCUCGUCUGCUGUUAAAUUUAGGUCUAGUUUGUGAACAACGUGGAAAUUUAUCUGGAUGUGCUGAAAAUAUACGACAUGCCAUUUUUUUAGCUUCAAAAUAUGACCUACAUGAGGACCUGAAUAGAUGCCAGUACAGUCUUGCAACUGUUUAUCAAAAACAUAAGCAAUACUCGUGUGCACUUCGCCUUUUAGAUGGAGCCAUUGUAUCUGCAGGAAAACUACAUGAUAUCCCUUUGAAAUGUGAAGCAUUAGUCACCAAAGCCUCAAUAUUGAUUUCAUUGAAGGAUUUUGAAGGAGGGAAAUUAUGUUUAAAAACUGCAUAUAAAUUGCAUUCUCCAAUUCCUGAAGAUCACGAAAAAAUUGCAAGUGAUCUUAAAAUUAGUGUUGGUUUAUGUAUAUCACAAAAUAAAUUACUUAAUUUGAAUAGAAGUGAUCACUACGAGAGAAGGGUUCUUUUAGAAAAAAUUGCUGAUGCUUUAGCAUCUUUGAAUUGUUAUAAGUUAGCCAUUGAAUAUUAUUCUUCUGUUUUAAAGUGUAUGGAAGAGAUUGGUUCUCCUAAAAAUGAAAAAGCACCCAUUUAUUUUUCCUUAGCUCAGACUUACUAUGAUGAUGGGGAUCCUUCUAAAGCACUAGAGUUCUUGCAAAUAGAGUUAAAUUGUAAUGAAAAUAAACCUUCCGAACAAAUAAAAACAUUAUGGAAGAUGGCAGAUAUAUGUGAAGAAAAGCAAAAUUUUGAAGAGUGUGAGAAAAAGCUUAUUAAAGCUGUUUCUUUAGCGGAAGAGAUAGAAAAUGGAAAGUUUAUUUCCCGUACUUUAGAAAAGCUGUUCACUUAUUAUCAGAAUAGUCAGCUGAAUGAAAAAGCAGAAAGUAUAAAAGCUAAGCUGGAAAAUUUACGACUGCAAAACUUUUCUAAUGAUGAUGAAUCAGAUGUAGAAGAUGAAAGUGAAGAUCCAUUUGCAGAUAUACACUUAAGUGAAAUAUCUGACAUACAGAGUGAAACAGAAGAAGAUACGGAUUUAGCAGCUAGAUCAAAACGACGACCAAAGAAAGCUGUAACCAAAGUCAAUGAAAAAGGGGAGACUCCACUGCAUCAGGCUUGUAUCAAUGGUAACUUCAGCAUGGUCAAACGACUGGUGGAAAGUGGACAUCCAGUUAAUACUCGAGAUUUCUGUGGCUGGACUCCCCUUCAUGAAGCAUGCAAUUAUGGUUAUUAUGAUAUAGUUGAAUAUUUAUUGGAAAAAGGAGCUCACAUAAAUGAUCGUGGAGGGCCUUCAUGUGGUGGUAUAACUGCUCUUCAUGAUGCAGCAUCUUGUGGUAAUUUAGAUGUCAUGCAGUUGUUAAUUUCCAAAGGUGCAUCUGUUACCAUACUUGAUGACAAUGGAGAAUCACCCCUGCAGGCUCUUCAGAAUUGGAAGAAAAGAAGCAGGAAUGACUUGGAUGCUGUAACCCUUAAGCAGUGCAAAUGUGUAGAAGAUCAGUUAAAGGAAAAAAUGGCUCAAGCUGGUCAAGUGGUGAAAGAAACUGAAGAAUUUAAUCAAGUUAGUUUAACUACAUUGGAAACAAAUGUCCCUUUUAUUGAUGAUCAGGUAACUCCUGUAAGCCAGACAGAUCGAAGAGUUGAGAAACGUGCCAGAUCACCCAGCAUAUCAUCAGACACAAGUGAAGGCGAAAUGGAACAUUCAGAACCUCUUUUCUCCAUCAGGAAGGAAGACUGGGAUAAUGCUCAUCAAGUUCAAUCGGAAUAUCAAGCCGUAAUGGCUAGUUUAAGACGCAGUGCAAAGACUGCUACAAAGCCAGUGAAUUCAGCUCCAGAACUAGCAAAGACUUCUCUCUUAAAUGAAACAGAAAUUGUCAAUGAUUGGUUGAUAAAAGAUACUGACCAGAUACCUAAAGUAAAAAGAAAAAAGAGGAAAAUGUCACGCCUUAAUGUAAGGACAAGUAAAUCCAUUUGUAAUUAUUUGACUUCAAAUAAUAAAUCAACAAAUAAUAAUAAUACAUCACUGUUUUCAAACGAUGAUAAUGAAAAUUUCAUAGUUGAAGAUGACAGCAGCAACAGUUCACAUUCUUUCCAGGAUACAUCUGCAGAAAACGAAAAAACUGUUUCUCAGCCACCUAAAAAGGGUAAUUCAAAAUUAUCUUUUUGUCUACGAGUACGCAUAACCGAUAAGCUAAUUCUUGUUCCUGUGCCAGAAGAAAAUUGUACCGUUGGAUGGCUUGCCGAGCAAGCUGCUAAUCGAUAUCAAAAUUUGGUUGGUAGUAGACCACAUUUGACAUUAAUGACAAAAGAUGGAGCUUUACUUUCAAGUUCUGAUUUACUAAGGUCAAUCUUUGAUAAUAAUGAUGAAGUAACUUCUUCAGUUGAAUUUUGGGAUCAGCCUACCUUGCAGGAACGUUAUGUCCAAAUGUGUAACAAACGAGGUGUGAAAGCUUUGGCUUCCAUUGAAAAAAGAUUUCAGAAUUUUGAAACAUGUCCUGAACUGAAUUUUUCCAAUUGCUCUAUCACUUCAUUACAAAUUACUUUGAUAUUUUUAUCUCUCUCAAAUUAUAAGACUCUGCAGCAUCUUGAUCUUAGUGGUACUGUAGUUACAGAUGCCAGUAUGAGUGAAUUAAUUUCUUGUUUUCCAUCUUUAACUUCUUUAGUAUCACUUAGCCUGAGUUGUUGUUGCUUGACUUCUCAAAGUAUAAAGUGCAUUGCAGAAUAUUUCCAUAAAAAAGAUAAUCCUGAAGAUAAACUUCCCAAUCUUAGAUCACUUAACUUAAGUUACAAUGUGUUCAACUCGGGAUGUGAACCAUAUUUUGAGGUUAUUUUAAAACUGUCAUCCUUAGUCAGUUUAGACCUUUCUUUUUGUGGUUUAAAUUCUUCAUUUUUUUCUAGUGAGGAGCUCUGCAGGACACUACAAACAUGUCAGAAUUUGGAAGAAUUUAAUAUAUCAGGAAAUACUUUAGGAAAGCAUGGUUUGAAUGAAUUUUUACAGUGUCUUCCAAGGAAAAAGUUAGCAAAAUUUGAUCUUUCUUACACUACUUCAGAAAGUAUCGACAUUGGAAGAUUGAUCCAUGACUUCAUUUCUGAAAAGAUGUUUUUUCUGAAAGAACUUGUUCUACAAGGGUGUCAUUUAAAAGAUAUAGAUUUAUAUAAUAUUUCAUCAAAAUUUUCAAAUUUAUCGCAGCUUCAGUCUUUUAAUUUUUCUGCCAAUCCACAUUUAUCCGGUGAUGCAGUAUGUUUUUUCCUAAGAACGGCCUGUAUAAAUGAUAUUGUUCUGACGUAUUUUAAUGUAACUGGUACUUGUGUAUGGAAGAAAGAAGAUGUAUCAUCUCUGACUGAUGUGUUCAGAUUGAAAACUUUACAGCAUAUGUGUUUAGAUAAUAUUUCAGAUAACUUAUUUGAAGAAUUGGUAUUAUCAUGGAAAAACAACUGGGGAAAUAGAGCUAAAUUUUUUUCAUGUGUUUUUAAUGAAUUGAGUAUUGCCUAAUGUCCAUACUUUUAUGAAUUUUUAACAUGCCAAAAUUUUCUUUUUAUGAAAUCUUAAAAAUUUGAUUAUUAUUUAUUAUAUUUUGUUAUUAAGGGAAAAAUAAUUAAGAAUAAAAUGUCAAGAUAUUAGUACAGCUUAAAAUCAAAUAUUUAUGAAUUUUAACUAUUCAGAUGAAUUUAUAUAACAGAUGUAGGUUCAUAAGAAAUGCUGUGUUAUGUGUUUUAAAAACAGGCAAAAGUACUUAAUCUUUCUUUCAAAAAACUCUAGAAAUAUGCUUAUUAAAAUUCAAAGGUAUAUAUAAUAUUUUUAUUUUAAGAAAAAUGUGAUUGACAAAAGUAUUUUUUGCUGUAGUUACAUUUUUAUAGUAUUGUUUUUUUAUAACCAAUAACUUGUAAGAAGAAUAUUUAUUAGGACAUGUAUAUUAAUGCAACCACCUUGUAUUAAUAUUAUAUUUUAUUAAUAUAAUUGGCACAGUUUUACAAAUGAAAAUAUAUGAAUUAAUUAUCAAGUUCUUGACUUUUUUAAAAGGAUUUUACGAAUUUAUCAAGUGCAAGUUCGUGACUUUUUUAAAAAGAUUUUACGAACUAUUGAUAUUUAUCGUAAGUGGGUAAACUUCAUCACAGCACUUUAAAAAUUUAAAAUACUUAUUUAAAUUAUUAAAUAAGGUUUAUAUGAUACAUGAAAAUGUAAAACUUUUUUGCAAAAUCCUGUAAUUUUUUAUGCACUGUUUUUCUUUUCAUGUACAUAUCAAUCUGUUUCCACAUUAAAAAAAAAAAAGAAUCAGAAUAUUGCACAAAUUCUGCAUCAUGGAUAACCGCAGCAUUUCACACUGGCCAUCUGCCAAACGUCAUUAUUCCCUUUAUUGAUUUUGUGAAAAAUUACUACAUUCCUCCAGAAAUAUUACUACAGUUUCUUCCAUCACUAGCAAAUUCUACAAACACACAUUUUAAAAUUGAGUUUAAAACAAAAAAUAUUAUAAUUAGUCUACGAAAACCUUUGUAAUAGGGAAUACAACAAAAAGAAUGCAUACAAAAAUGGUGACAUGCUUGACAGAUGGAUUAUUAUGAGCAUGGCUGCCUGAAGAACGGUUGCUAAUUUAGCACUUUUUGAAAAUAUCGCAACUUCUACUAAGAUGGUUGCAAUAAUAUGUAAUAACCAAUUUAUUUUAUUUCUGACAAUAUAAAAAAUCAAUAAUUUUAUGAUCCCUAGAUAUGAUAUUUUGUGUAUAUCCUUUCAAGUUAAUAUAAUUGAUAACUUUUUCAAAAUAGUUAAGAAUGCAUCAUUUUACAGGGUGCUUCAAAAAGAAUCCCCCCCUCAAUUAAAAUGCAUAUAUUAUGAAAAAACUGAACGUCGAUACAGUGCAAAGUCCGUAAUCCGGACUCGUCGGGACUUCGGCGAUUGGAUAG